AUGUCAACUUUCAAACAAGUUCCUCUCACAUGUGGCGGUCAUACUAGACCCGUUGUACACUUGGAUUUUAGUGACGUUACUAAAGAUGGAUAUUUUUUAAUUUCGGCCUGCAAAGAUGGCAAACCCAUGUUACGUCAAGGUGAGACCGGCGACUGGAUAGGAACUUUUGAGGGACACAAAGGAGCUGUAUGGGGAGUUGCUCUAACACAGAAUGCAAACUUAGCGGCUAGCGGAGCAGCUGACUUUACAGCUAAACUUUGGGAUGCCCGAUAUGGUGAAGUGGUCCAUACAUUUGAUCAUGAGCAUAUUGUGAAAAGUGUUAAUUUUAACUGUGAUGAUACCCUCCUUCUUACUGCUAGCAACGAGAAACUUAUAAGAGUUUAUGAUCUAAACAAGACUGAUGCUGGCCCUGUGGAGAAGAUAAGUGCUCAUACCAGCAGUAUAAGGCAUGCUGUGUUUCUGCAUAAUUCUCGUAUUGUCAGCGUGAGCGAUGACCUUACUAUGCGUGUUUGGGACCGGACGAGUGGACAGGAAGUCCAUAAGAUUGAAUUCCCUACGAUUCCCAAUAGCUUAGAACUGUCCAGAGACGGAGCAGUAUUGACGGUGGCGCAUGGAACCAACGUGUCGUUCUAUUCGUCUGACACUAUGCGUAAGAUGCGUGAGUUCCCUGUACCUACAAAAUGUUAUUCCGCCUCUCUAGCUCCUAGUAGGGCGACCUUUGUCUGCGGCGGGGAGGAUCUCAAGGUGUACAAGUUCGAUUAUAAUACUGGAACCGAAUUGGAAUCAAACAAGGGUCACUUCGGGCCAGUUCACUGUGUGAGAUGGUCUCCCGACGGUGAGCUGUACGCAACCGGUUCAGAGGACGGCACGGUGCGUCUGUGGCAGGCGGUGCCGGGGCGAGUGUACGGUCUGUGGCGCCGCAGUGAGAACUUGCCGGUCACUAACGGUUAUAAGGAGGUAGCGGCCAACUGA